AAUAAAAAGUUAAGAACACGGAAACUACUUUUGUUUAAAUUCAAGGGCCUAUUCGCAAAACAGCGCGUGAACGUGGCACGCCUGAACCGCACGGAACACCGGUUCAUCUCGCCGUCGGUCGCGCGCGCGGCGCCGCCGCGCGGCCAUCGUCGCGCGCUGCCUCCACCUCGCCGACUCGCCAUAGCCCAUAGCGAAGCAAUCCUCUCUUCCCGUCUCGUGGAGAGCCGAAGGUAGCCGAUGCGGCUAGAGCUAAAACCCUAGCGGAAGGUAGCCGAUGGACGCGCUCGUCUCGGCGGCGCUGGAGGAGGUGAGCGCCCGCCUCUCGGCCGGCAUCCCGGUGACCGAUCUCUGGGCGGCGCUCCGUGGCGCGCUCGAGGCGGCCGGCCUCCCAAUUGGGCCGGCUGUCAAGCGCGCCGUCUGGGCCCGCCUCAUCGUGCUCCCCGUCAUCAGCGUCGUGCUGGGGGAGGCGGAGGCGGAGGCGGAGGGGCCGGUCGUCGACGAUCCCAAGGUCGGCGUGGAGGACGCCGAGCGGCUGGGCAUGCGGCUGGUUGCGAGCGCCGCGCUCAGGGACAACUUCCUUGGCAUGUAUGAUCUCAGGCACUCCAAAUCGGAGAUGAGUGCCGUCCAGAAGAAGGCUUUACAACGUGUCGGGGCAAGCAGGACUUCUGGUGUAACACAAAAUGACCUGUGCAAAAGUUUUGGCAUGGAAGGGAACAACUUCCAUUAUAUUGUGCAAAGCCUUCAGUCCCAGAAGUUAAUUGUUAGACGAUCAACUAUUAUAAAGUUUAAAGGCAAUGGAGCUGAGAAGGAAGAUGCUUCACAGAAUAAACGAGUAACCAAUACCAACUCAUUGUAUCUCACUAGAUAUGCCAAAGACUGUAUGAAUUCACACCAGAGAAUUGAGAUUAUAAAGCCCGGACUAUUGGUGAGCAAUGAAGAGACCAACAUAGAUGAUCUACAAGAUGGGACUUUUGGUGUAAACUCCGAUAAUGAUGUAUCUAUCCAUGAUUAUCUUCCAGCAAUGAAAGCCAUUUGUGACAAACUCGAAGAAGCUAGUGGAAGGGUUCUUGUCGUGUCAGACAUAAAAAAUGAUCUCAAUUACAGGAUGACAUUUGGGCAUAGAGCAUGGAGAAAUUUGAGUUUGUUUGUAAUCACUUCCUGUUUGUGUUAUACACUUUAUGGUUGCACUUAUUUGGGUGUUACCGCGACACCUUUUCUCCAGGUACUGCAUAGGCUUAGAGACGCACACCUUGUUGAAGAAUUUGAUGCCAAAGUUGAUGAUAAGAUUGUUCCCUGUUUACGUCUUUUGAAGAAAUUUGAUCCAAAUGAGUUUCUGCCAAAAAUUCAAACCUCAAACUACAAACUUGGCAAGAAAGGGCAGGCAACUGACCAAAUUAUGGAACUCUCUUUAGAAAACUGUAUAUAUGAUAUGAUCAGUGCUCAAGGGCCAAAGGGUAUAACCCUUGUUGAGCUUGGCAAACGUCUUGGGCACAACAAUUCAAAAAGGAUCCACAGACGAGUUUCAUCUAUGCUUGAAAGAUUCAAGUUGAUUCGGGAGGCUGAAGUUCUAGAUAAAACAUCACAAUACCGAGUUUGGACUUCGAAAAACUUUUCACACUACAAAGCUCGUAUUGCUCUGCAAAACUUUGAUGUGCUCCUAGAUGAUCAUGAUUAUUGUGCCGAUUUGUGGUCACUAGCUCCAUCUAAAGGAUCAGGUUCUCCUAGCCCUAAGGGUGAUUUAUGUGUUGAUAACAAUUUCUCGUUUGAAGAAGAAUACUCUGAUAAACUAAUCGGACCUCACCUCCUGAGUAACCGUGAAACUUGUGUUGGAGCUUCUCAACUACUAGAGGAAGAUAAAUCUGCCUUGGGUAAGAGGAAAAGGUGCCACCGUCCUACUUCAAUUCGUGAUGAUCAAAGACCUAAAAGGAUUCUUCAUAUGUUGAAGAAAAAGAAAUUUGUACUGAUGGUGGAGUUACAUAAAUGGCUAGAGAGACUUGAGAAGGAGAAUGGAAAAAUAAUGGAUAGGAAGACAUUGACUAGCACAGUGAAUAAGCUUCAGAAAGAGGGCAGCUGCAAGUGUAUCAAAGUUAGUGUCCCCUUGGUCACAAACUAUGCUCGCAAUCAUCUUGUUGACGUAAUACUGCAUUCUUCUGUUGGGGACUUGUCAAUGGAACUUGUUAAUGAGAUCAAGGACAGGCAAAGGAAUUUUGAUACUGAAACUCGUUCUCGUGCAGUAACUAAAUUGAGGAAGAAACAGCAGACGGCUGCCAUACAUGGUUUGAGGAUUCGACGUAGAGUCAAAGUCAACAAACCAUUAGUGUUAGAAGCUAUUUAUGCCAAUGGUUUCAUAGGCGCAAAGAUGAUUCGGGCAAAGCUGUUACAUAAAUUUCUGUGGUUAUAUGUUAGCAGUUUGUCAAAUUGGUGCAGCCCAUCUGAUUAUGCCAAAGAAGGGCAUCUCAACAAGAACCUUAAUCAGUCAUGUCUUUUGUUUUCAAUGUCGGCAGCUAUAAAAGAAAUGCCACUUGAACUCUUUCUACAAGUUGUAGGAUCAGGAAAGAAGAUUGAUUGUGUCAUAACUAAGUGUAGUCUUGGAGAAACACUUUCAGAAAUUCCUACCAAGGAAUAUGAUCAGCUCAUGGACACUCAUGCCAAGGGUCGACUCUCACGCUUAAUAACUAUUUUAGAUAAGCUCAAGUUGAUCCAACUUGCAAAAGCAUCUGUAGAGGAUUCUGGCGUGCAAUCAGAUGCUGCGCCUACAUAUUCACUGGUGCUCAGGCCUUAUAUUGAAGAACCUACACCAAUAAUUUUACCCUCAUCACACAUCAAUGUGAGCCAUUGUCCAAAAUUUCGGCAUGAUUUUAUGCUUUCAAAGCAGGAGUCUGUUGAUGCUUAUUGGGAAACGUUAGAGUACUGUCAUUUAACAGCUGGAUUUGCUAAGCCGUCAAGUACCUUCCCUGGCUAUUCUGUACCUGAGGUUUCUCAUCCUCGUUCAUGGAGUUCACUUAGGGUAAUGACUACUGAACAACGACUAGAAUUACAACAGCGUGUUAUGAAUGUCACUGAGAAGGGGAAACUUUCUUAUAAAGAUUGUCGCAUAAUUGCAAAGGAUUUAAAUCUCUCUGUGCAGCAGGUGCUUUGUGUCUCCUCCCAGAAUAGACGUCAUAGACAGCCGAGAGUUCCUGUUUCACAAAGUCAGCCAAAAGUUAGCUCUGGGUCAACCUCUCAGAAAAGGAAAAGAUCUGCUGAUGAGAUUACCCUGAAGUUUAUUAAACAAAAAGUUGAAGCUAGCGGAUCAGCUCAGCAGAGAUCAUCCCAGUCUAUUCCGAAUGAAGAAGUACCAGAGAGAAUCUUUCUAUCAUCCCCUGAUCUACCAGAACAACAUUAUCUACCGGUAUCCAAAACUAGCAGCACUCCCACAUACCACAUUGAUUCUCCCGUGCAUACAGAUGAAGAUAAGGAAAGCAGUCCAAUGAUCAAUCAAUCUACCCUUGUAAGAAGAUGCACGGAAAGUUCUAAAAACAAAGAGAAAUUCAUGAAAGAGAAAAAAUAUUUUGGACAUACGAAUCUGACAGGUAUAUUAGUCCCUGCUACUCUGCACUGUCUUGUGCGGGUUGUUUCAAAAAAAAAAAAGAAAUUGUUGAUGAUAUACACUAGAUACCGUGCAGCACGUGGAGCAAGAUCUUCCCGUGUAGAUUGGAACUCUCUCUCUGAUCUUCCAGCUUCACCAGCAGCAUGUUGUAGAAGGAUGUCAGACUUACGAGCAAAAAUGUACAUAAGAUUAGCAGUGAGCCAAAUCUGCAACCUUCUUGGGAUACGUUAUGCUAAGCACCUUGAAAGGGAAAGGAUAUCAAAAGCGAAAGGAUUACUUUCCCAAGUCUCAGAUUCUAACAAAGAGAACUGUGUAGAUUCAGAUUCUGAGCAAUUAAAUUGGGAUAAUUUUGAAGAUCAGGAAAUAAGAGGUGCGCUCGAUGAAGUCCUUGAGUUCAUUCAACUAGAAAAAAUGGACCGAACCAAGCAAAUCAGUUCUAAGAAUGAAGUGAGCAAUGAUUCUAAUGCUGACGAAGCUCCAACUGGGCAGGAACAGACAAUUAUGCAAUAUGUAACCAGCUCAAGCACUGAAGUUCCAGAAAGCGGACUCCAUGAACAUGUAAAACCGUAUAGACAUCCAACUGCAAUCCAUGCAAGUAAAAACAUGGAAAAUUUCUUUAGAUAUCAUGAAGAAGUCAUUAUACCUAACAAAGAUGAAAUUACUAAAAGAGAUGUAUGCAAGUCCUUGGCUGUUGCCAAUGCAUUAGAGCUCCUCAAGAUGGUUUAUCUCAGCACAUCAUCUGGACCAGAAGUACAAGCUUCAUUAACAGCCACCUUCAAGCUUUAUUCGGAGAGGGAAAUUUUUACAGCCUUUUGCUUUCUGAGAGAUAGAAACUUCACAGUCACUAGAAAUGGAACAAAGCCUGCAACACUUUCUGGAAAAUUCUUCUUUAAUGCUUCCCACUCACCCUUCCCAUUUGGUUCAGGGAAGAAGGCUUCUGAAUUCUCAAAAUGGCUUAUAGCGCAGCAAAAGAAUACCAUGGACAGUAGAGUAUAUUUGUAUCCAGAUCUACAAUGUGGGGAAAUUGUUCACCUCUUUUCUCUGGUUUUGUCAGGAGAAAUGUGCAUUUCACCUUCCUUGCCAAGUAAAGGAGUAGGUGAGGCCGAUGAACCUAACAGCCAUAUUCCUUUAGAUGAGGCUGAUGAGCCUGACGACCGUAUUCCUUCUGUUGAAGAUACUAGUGAGUUGGAUGACAGCACUCACAAACGCAAGGCUGAUAAAGUGAAACUGAAAAGUAGUAAGAGUAAGAAACACAAACCUUUGCCGAAGAUAGAAAGUGAUUUUUGCUAUCGCCGCGAGAAAGGCUUCCCUGGAAUCCAAGUGGCUUUGAAUCAAGAGAAAAACCAAACAAGCAAUCUCAUGCAUGCAUUACAUGAUGAAGAAUGCCUUAUUUUUACCUUAGCCAGGGAAAUGGGCAGCAAGGAUGUUAGUUCACAGGUGGAAAGCCAAAAUAUGCUAUCAUAUUUAAACAACUCCAGUUCAUGUCGUUGUUUAUUGUCUGCGUCUCAUUUGGAGAGGUCUUACAGCGGAUGGCCUUGGGAUGCUAUGAAUAUAUAUGCCAAACAGUUACCAUCAUUAUCUUGUUGUAAAGAUGAAUCAUUCAUAUUGUCUUCUGACAUGUUCAGAAAUGCAUUUUCUGUUAUUCAUCAAACUGGUGAGCAAGGAAUUGAUUUAAGAGAAAUGUCACAGGCACUGCAUCCACUAGGCAUGCAGUUUGUCAAGGUGAUUAUUGAUACGCUUGAGAUAUUUAAGCUAGUUUUUAAGGUCAAUGCAUACGAUGGUGUGCAGAUCGUUGACACGCUACAUAAGUCGAAGUAUCAUAUAACCACACUUGCAAAAUACAGUGGUUGCAGCUGUUUGCGAGAUCCAGCUUCUGAAAUAGCAGCAACUGGAGAUGCCGAAAAUACACUCAAAGAUAAGCAUGGGGUGGCUAGUAAUUUGCAGCGAACUGUAAAAAUGCUUGGUGAUGUGCACACUGUUACAGUCCUUGAUGUCCAAAGCAAUUCGAGCUCACCUCAUAUGCACAGUGGAGAGGAUGAGAGGCUAUCAACUCCAACACAAGACAAUGGGGGCAGUGGUUGCUGUCAUGCUUGUGGAAGGCAUAUUUAUCAGCCAAUAUUACCGUGGAUAAAUGGUGAUGGUAGCAUGAAUGAAACUGUCUAUGAAGGUUUUAGCCGUCGAAUUAUUGGAUAUGUCAUGCAAUAUCCAGGAGUUGUGGAGGAGCACCUUAUCUGUCGGAUGGAUGUACUGAACCCUCAGACAUGCAGAACCUUGCUGGAACAACUGGCAGUUGAUAAACACAUCUACGUUCGGGUGUUUGAUGAACCUGUGCCUGUGGCUCCGACCACAUUUCAGUCUCUUUUGAAGCAACAUGGCCACUGUAAAGAACCAUCCAAGUGUAGAAGGCGUUACUUUGCUAAUCCAACGAGUACAUUUCAGUUGUAACUUGUAAGACGGUGCUGAUGAUUUGUUCUAUACAUAUUUGCCUAUAUGUUUAUACACUUCAUAGAAAAUAAAAGAAAUAGUAAGGUGCCGAGUCA